CUUUCAAAGAAAAAUGCCUCUGUGAAGUUCUGUUGUUCCGACCCAGUUUGACCAAAUGGCUGGAAAGGAACCCGGUUGUGAUCCUCAGGCACAUGUACGAAGAGGGACAUUUCUCCCAGGAGCUAUAUUUCAAGCUUCUGGAAUGCCAGCCGGAAAAAAACCAGGUCAUGUCCAUGUUGGAGAUGGUGACCAAGGAUGAGGAGUUCUGCCGGAAGUUCCUCCAUGUUCUUCAACAGGUGCAAGAUUAUUAUUGCCAAGACCUGCAAAACUGGCUACGGAACACCUUCCCGGUCUACUUCUGUCAAACGCCUGGGUCAAUCGAAAAAGAGAAACCUGACAAAACCAGUACCUGGACCACGUUAAAGAGAAAGCUGAGUAACACUCGCAUGUUCAAGUUGGAGAGACUGGACACAAAAACAAAUCCGUCCGUCAAGUUUUGCCGGGUGAAAGAGAGUCUGCGGUACCACAAGCAUUCCAUUCUGUCCCAAAAGAAGAAGAUCCAAGGGAACCUGGAGACCUCCCACAGCUGCUGUGAGCUGAUAGAGAUCAAGUACACCGAGUUAUUGAUCACCAAUGAAGACCCUGAGACAUUUCCCGACCAACACGAGUACUUUAUCCUUGCUAAUCGCCGUGCUCGCAUCUACGCCCAUAACAAGCACCAGAAGAUCACUUUAGGAGACCUUCUAACUCCGGUGGCUUCUGAAUCACAAAUGCCACGGAGGGUUCUUGUCACUGGGAUUGCUGGGAUUGGCAAGAGUCUGGCAAUGCAGAGGCUGAUCCAUGACUGGGCUAUAGGAAUGCUAUACAGAGAUGUCGCCUGUGCUGUACAUUUUGCAUUUCGGGAGCUGAACUUAUCAAGAAGCCCGUUGAGCUUUCUUGAUCUUGUAAAGCGCAACCAUGUCCACUUAGAAGAUGUGCUGGAAGAGCUAUGCCUUGACCCCCGAAACCUCUUGAUUAUUCUAGAUGGUCUGGAUGAAUUUCAGUACUCCAUAAAUGAUGGGAAGGCCGUGAAGAAUAUCAGGGAGGCCGUACCCAUCAAAGACCUGGUUUAUAGCCUUAUCAGUGGGAAGCUGUUACCAGGGGCUUCCAUCGUGGUUACCAGUAGGCCACGUCCAUCCAUUCCAAUAGCCGCUUUUGAUCGUCGAGUGGUUAUCCUGGGAUUUGAGCAGGAGCAAGUGAGAGAGUACUGCUUCAGGUUUUUUAGAGAGAAAGACCUGUCGGAGAAUGUCUUCCAGUACAUAAUACAAAAUGACCAUUUAUCGGGCAUGUCCUUCAUCCCACUCUAUUGCUUCAUCAUAUGCACAGCCCUGAGUUCCUUCUUCCAGUGCCGGGACAGUGGCUAUUGCACCGAGAGGCCGCCCCAGACCAUAACUGAGGUUUAUCGUUGCUAUCUUUGCACCAUCAUGCACCACCACAUGAGAGGGUCCUCAAGCAGAGAUGGAGCUGCCUCUGAGCCCAUCGUCCUCUGCAGCCCUCCCAUUCUUACGGCUAUGAAGGAUGUACUUUAUCAACUGGGGAAACUGGCCUACUAUUCACUGUUGAAGAACAAAAUUCUGUUUUACCCAGAGGACAUCCAAACGUAUGGGUUUCACCCUACAGAACUACCGGACAGCUUCUUGCAACGAAUCUUUGUGCAGGAAUCUGGGCAGCAACAGGAGGUGUUUGCAUUCUUCCAUUUAACUCUCCAGGAGCACCUCGCUGCCCUCUACUGUGUCAUGUCUCUCACUCCCGAGGCAGAAGAGCUGACACAAUGCCUUGAUCUCUGGUGCUUUGGAGUCAUUCCUGAAGACCCAGUCCCAAGCAAACUUCUGUCCACCACUCUGGAGAUCCAGAUGGACAACCAGUGGGAAAGGCUGCAGAUGUUCUCUAGGUUCUUCAUGGGCCUCCUCUGUUUUAGAAUUGAAGGGAAGAUGAAAGGGCUGGUAGACUGCCUGAGCCACGAUGUCCUGGACCCUCUGACCAGCUGGUUUAAAGGGAAAAUUAGAUAUGAAGUCAAUCAGAAGCUCCUCAAUCUGUUGCACUGCCUGAGGGAAUUCCAGCAGGAAACGGUGGUACAAAACGUGGCCUCUGAGAUCGACGAAGUUAAUUUUUUCAAGGUUACGCUGAACCCCGCCGACUGCGCCACUCUGUGCUACGUCCUCCAGCACUGCACCAGCAGCCUCAAGAUCCUCAACAUCGGCUAUGCCAAUAUCGGUAUCCAAGGGUUGCGGAUUCUACAGCCUCUGCUCCAUCGCUGCCAAACCCUCUACCUUCGCUAUAACUCCCUGACCAAGGAAGCUGCCAUGAUUGUGUCCAAGGUGCUGAAGUCUGAUUGUGAAGUGAAAAGUCUCCUGAUGUGUGGCAAUAGCAUUGGCUCAGAAGGUGUGCGGUAUCUAUGGGACGCACUCAGCAGUAACGAGACCCUGGAGGAGCUGUAUGUAGAUAUCACCGGCAUCACAGACAACGGCCUGGACAACUUUGUGCCUUGCCUGACCCACAACUCCACUCUGAGACUCCUGACAAUUGCAGGCAACAACCUGUCUGAGAGCAGCAAGCACCUCCUCGUAGAGCUGCAAGAGUGUAGGCAAGACCUGAAGAUCCUGCGCAGCUUUGCGGGGGACAUGGGGCUGCUACAGGCCUAUCUGGACUGGGUGGAAGAUCUGAAGAAGGACCCGCAGCAGCUGGAGUCAGCCAAGAAUGCCAAUGCCCUGCACAAUAUUCUGUGGGAGCUGGAGAAGGAGGAGGUGGAGGUGGAAGAUAAUAAUGUUAAGGAAAGGACACUUCUACUGAAGAAGGAAAUAACUGAACUCCUAGAGUGCUCCUCAGGGGCGGUAUGCUGAGAGAGACCCGCCCAUUCCAAAAUGGCAUCAUUCCUACAUACUGUAAAAAUACAAACUCCUGUAAAAUAUAGGCAAUGCCUUACUCUCUGGGGCACCUAAAGGACUAAGGGACGAUUCAGUCUACCUCUAAUAGUACCACUGGGAUUCCUGUACUGGUGGCUCUGGAACUGGGGUGCUAAGCCAUAGGGGGGGGCGGGGACUGCUGUGUACCUAAUGCUCCCAGAAACAACCUUUUAUAUUGGGCAAAAGGCAAUUUUUGAAGUUGUGCCAACAUUUCUCAAUAAAUAUUAUUGUCCAUUUUUUUAUAAAAGAAGACGGAAUCACGUUUGGUUGGGGCAAUAAAAUGACUUUCCUGCCCUCUUGCUUAAUUAUUAUAAACCCUAAACCCCCAUUAAGUCUUUAAUAAGACCCUCAAGCCCCCACAAACCCAUGAAGAGUGAUGAUGUCAUUGCAGUGAUGACAUCAUUACACAUUUGGCAGCUGCAGAGUGAUGCACUGGGGGCUCCACGUAGAGCAACGGGAGGGGGGGGAAUAUUUAGGGGUGUGGUCUAAUACACCCUCUUAUGCCACUCCCAUCUCCUUUGAUCAAAGGGCUUUGUUUGUGUUUAUAUAUUAAAAAUAUGUGUUUUUUUGUAAAAACAUCAGAAAUUAGAAAUUAACCCUUCUUUGAACUACGUGCAAGAAAUUCCACAUUUUGCAAGUGAAAUAUGUUUAGUUUAAUAGAACAAAGCCAAGUGCCUGGUUUGGAUUAUGGUUUUACUGUACAAAUAAUACGUUCUUGCAGGUUUCAUUUAUUGUUCUAUGUAUUUCAUUGGGUGUGUGCUUAUUGUAAACUCCGCCCCCCUCACUGGCUAUUGUGUUCAACGCAGCCUUAAAGGGGACCUGUCAGCCAGACAUAAAAAGCUGUAUAA